UUCACCCAACUACUUAACCGAUGUGGGACACUUUCAUUUUCUUCUUCGCUAACUAAAACAACCCUAAUUAGCUCUCUCUUGCCGGAGAAAUUUUCAAAUUCCGAGUAUGACUGCUACAACGACGACGAUUUCUCAGCAUGACUUUAAUGGUGAUGAAGAUUCGGAAACUUCCAUUUCUAUCUCUAUUAUUGAGAAUAUGAAGGAAGAGUACGGUUUGUUUGUUUGGCCAUGUAGCGUUAUCCUCGCUGAGUAUGUCUGGCAACAGAGAUCUCGAUUUCGUGAGUCUGCGAUUCUCGAGCUAGGAGCUGGCACUUCCUUGCCUGGUUUAGUAGCUGCAAAGGUUGGGGCUAAUGUCACCCUUACUGAUGAUUCAAGUAAACCAGAGGUUUUGGAGAAUAUGAGAAGAGUUUGUGAGCUGAACAAGCUGAGCUGUAAUGUAAUGUACUGGGUCUCACUUGGGGAGUGUGGGAUGCAUCCAUAUUUGACUUGCGGCCUAACUUUAUACUUGGGGCUGAUGUUUUAUAUGAUUCAAGUGCGUUUGAUGAUCUCUUUGCCACCGUCUCGUUUCUGCUUCAAAGUUCUCCUGGUGCUGUUUUUAUCACUACAUAUCAUAACAGGAGUGGGCAUCAUCUAAUCGAGUUCCUGAUGGUGAAAUGGGGUCUAAAGUGCGUUAAACUUCUGGAUGGCUUCUCAUUCUUGCCAUCUCGUAAGGCAUCUGUACUCAGUGGCAACAUUCAAUUGGUUGAGAUCGUAUUGAGUUCUGAAAGUUAGCAGCUUAAGACUGGAACAGCCAGCUGAGUGGAAAAGAAAUAGCCAGAGGUGAAAGGUAUUAACAUUUAAUUCGUUGUAAGAUAACUUAUUAAGGACAACAUAUUAAGGACAACAUAUGCCUUCAGGCCCUUCACUAGUCAGGUGAUCCAAUACUUGAUGAUGUUUGUAACGUUCAAGUUUGAAACUCAUUCAUUAGAUUGUUUGUUUUUGGAUUAUUUUUUUUGUUAUGAGCUUGCUCAAGUGAUUGUUGUUGGUGACUAUGUAUAUUGACUGAAUCAUGAAUCGGUUGACAA